UCACCAUAGUAACGGGGGUUGGGGCCUGCGGUGGGGCCCGCCUGUGCUCCUGGCAGUUGGGGCUCUCAUGUGCCAAAUGGUCGCAGGCAUGACUCCUCGCUUUCCCCGCGUCUGCGGUAACUGACUGCAAUAUCAUCGCUGCUCCGUCUCUUCCCCAACCACCCCCAUAAAGAGGAAGUAUCUAGGAACCUUGCAUCGGCGAAAUAAAUGAUGAAGGAAGAUGAGUACAUCAAUAGACCCAAACUCCUACAUCCGCUUCUUGAACCACAAGUUUAUUCAUGAACUUGCGGAUAUGUUGGAUCCACAAGAUGGGUGGAAGAAGUUGGCAGUAAACAUUAAAAAAACUACUGGAGAGCCAAGAUACAGCCAGUUACAUAUAAGGAGAUUCGAAGGCGUGGUUCAUAUGGGAAAGAGUCCCACGGCAGAACUUUUGUUUGACUGGGGAACAACCAAUGCUACAGUCCAGGAGCUUGUAGAGAUCCUGAUUAAAAAUCAUUUCCUAGCUGCAGCUAGCUUGUUGCUUCCAGGAGAAGUAUCAAAGACAAACCCAACUUGUUCACGAACUGCAAUAGCCGAUACCACUGUGUCUUGUAAGUCUUCCGAUACUUCCACAUGUAGGUCAAUGAUACAGGUUUCUGAGCGUGAAUCCAGUAUCCUUGGCAGAAAAUGCAAGACCCAGGAGACUGCCUUAUUGACAGACUGUUCAAAUGAGGAAAGCAUUGUGUCUGAUUCUACGGAAACUAAUCUUCAAAGUUUCAGCUAUUAUGAAUUAAUGCAGAAGACUAGUAACUUUGAUGGGCGUCCAGUUUCACGUGGUGGCAGUAAGAUUGGCGAGGGAGGGUUUGGAGUUGUUUACAGAUGUUUCAUAAAUAACAGACCAGUGGCUGUGAAAAAAUUGGCUGGAACAGAACGUCACCAAAAUAUCAGUCCUGACGAGCUCAAGCGCCAGUUCCUUCAAGAAGUUAAAACAUUAGCGAAAUGUAAACAUGAAAAUUUGGUCGAGUUAUUUGGUUUCUCCAAUGAUUGGGAACAUCCCUGCCUGGUUUACGAUUACAUGCCCAAUGGGUCAUUGCUGGACAGAUUAGCAUGUCGGGAUAAGACACCUCCAAUUUCAUGGCACACAAGAUGCAGUAUUGCUUUGGGUACAGCUAAUGGGUUAAAAUACCUACAUGAAAAUAAUCAUAUUCAUCGUGAUGUAAAAAGUGGAAAUAUCUUGUUGGAUGCUUUGUUUGUUCCUAAAAUUUCAGACUUUGGACUUACUCGGGCUUCAACACAAUUAGCACAGACUGUGUUAACAGAUAAAAUUGUAGGCACAACUGCAUACAUGGCUCCAGAAGCUUUACGUGGGGAGAUUACACCAAAGUCAGAUAUUUUUAGCUUUGGAGUGGUCUUACUGGAAAUAUUAACAGGACUUAAAGCAGUUGAUGAGCAUCGUGAACCACAGCUAUUGCUUGAUAUCAAGGAAGAAAUAGAUGAUGAAGAAAAGACAAUUGAAGAUUAUGUUGACAAAAAGAUGCAAGACUGGGACUCUAUGGGAAUUAAGAAAAUGUAUUUAACGGCAAGGCAGUGUUUAAAUGAAAAGAAGAACAAGAGACCAGAUAUUACAGAGGUGUAUAAUUCAUUGAAACGAAUUUAUCCAGUCACUUCAUAAUGAGUUGAAGCUGGAAUCCUCAUUUACAGGUCACAGGAAAAAUAUUAUUCAGUGCACAAUGUAAACUUUGCAUUUUUGAUAUAUCCAGAGUAUUCUUGAUAAACGUUUACUGCUUAUAGGUCUGCACAUUCCGUGCACCAUAUAUUCAGAAUAAAAAUUCUCAUUAUUAACAAAAAUGAACAAAUUAUACAAUGUGUUAUCUUUGAUCCCAAUUCAUUGUCUUCACUGAUCCUAUUGCUGGAGAAAUAUAAUUUUGUUUAUAUAACACGUGAUACCCUCUUGAUAAGGAACUCUUUGAUAUGUUGUUUUACUUUUUGUAAAUUAUAGGAUUAUCUGUACAGAUCUAUAAUGCUAUGCUAACCUCAAAGACACAAGGGAGGUAAAGAGCACGUAUUGCCUAGGUUUUGAAGGCUACAGGCCAAGUGCUGGAAGGUGGGAUUAAUGCAAAUGGGAGCCUACUGAUCAUCAUAGACAUUGUGGGCUGAAUGGCCACCAUCUCUAUAAAGUACCUGAAUAUGCACUUGGAGCUCUUGUAAGCCUACCAAUAAAGUGCAUAUAGAUGGGA